GUUGGGAAAAUGAAGAACUUCUGGAAAAUUCCAGUUUUCUUCUUUGUAUGCAGUUUCCUGGGAUCUUGGGCAUCUGCUACUGUCAAGCGUCGCCCAAGAUUCCCUGUUAAUUCAAAUUCUAAUGGUGGAAAUGAACUCUGUCCAAAGGUCAGGAUUGGUCAAGAUGAUUUACCAGGCUUUGACUUGAUUUCUCAGUUCCAGGUAGAUAAAGCAGCAUCUAGAAGAGCUAUUCAGAGGGUAGUAGGAUCAACUGCAUUACAAGUGGCUUACAAAUUGGGAAAUAAUGUAGACUUCAGGAUUCCAACAAGGCAUUUAUAUCCCAAUGGUCUGCCUGAAGAAUACUCCUUUUUAACUACUUUUCGGAUGACUGGAAACACACUUGAAAAGACGUGGACCAUUUGGCAGAUUCAGGAUUCCUCAGGGAAGGAGCAAGUUGGCGUGAAGAUUAAUGGCCAAACAAAAUCUGUUGCAUUUUCAUACAAGGGAAUGGAUGGAAGUCUCCAAACUGCAACCUUUUCAAAUUUGCCUUCCUUGUUUGAUUCCCAGUGGCAUAAGAUCAUGAUCGGUGUGGAAAGGAGUAGUGCUACUCUUUUUGUUGAUUGCAACAGGAUUCAAUCCUUACCUAUAAAGCCAAGAGGCCAAAUUGGUGUUGAUGGCUUUGCUGUGCUGGGAAAACUUGCAGAUAAUCCUCAAGUUUCUGUUCCAUUUGAACUUCAGUGGAUGCUGAUCCAUUGUGACCCACUACGCCCCAGGAGAGAAACUUGCCAUGAGCUGCCAGUCCGGGUAACUCCCAGCGAGACCACCGACCAGAGAGGUCCCCCGGGCCAGCAGGGUCCCCCCGGGCCCCCAGGUCCCCCUGGAGUUCCAGGCAUCGAUGGCAUCGACGGUGACCGAGGUCCAAAGGGUCCCCCGGGUCCCCCGGGUCCCGCUGGAGAACCGGGCAAGCCAGGAGCUCCGGGAAAGCCGGGCACGCCGGGCGCCGACGGAUUAACAGGACCUGAUGGAUCCCCUGGUUCUGUUGGACCAAGAGGACAAAAAGGAGAACCUGGUGUUCCUGGAUCUCGCGGAUUUCCAGGCCGUGGUAUUCCUGGGCCCCCUGGUCCUCCUGGGGCAGCAGGACUCCCUGGAGAGCUUGGCCGUGUUGGACCAGUUGGUGACCCUGGGAGAAGAGGACCACCUGGCCCCCCUGGCCCCCCCGGGACCCAGUGUUUGAAUACGGGAACAAUUGGCUUUCAUGAAGGAGAUCCAUUGUGUCCCAAUUCCUGUCCACCAGGUCGCUCAGGAUAUCCAGGCUUACCAGGCAUGAGGGGUCAUAAAGGGGCUAAAGGAGAAAUUGGUGAACCUGGAAGACAAGGUCACAAGGGUGAAGAAGGUGACCAGGGGGAACAAGGAGAAGUUGGAGCUCAAGGACCUCCAGGAGCUCAAGGAUUACGAGGCAUUAUGGGCAUAGUUGGGGCCAAAGGGGAAAAAGGUGCUCGGGGCUUAGAUGGAGAACCUGGGCCUCAAGGUCUUCCUGGUGCACCUGGUGAUCAAGGACAGCGAGGACCUCCAGGAGAAAUAGGUCCCAAGGGAGAUAGAGGCCCUCAAGGUUCUAGAGGAAUUCCUGGCCUCCCUGGGACCAAAGGUGACACGGGCUUGCCAGGUGUGGAUGGCCGUGACGGAAUACCUGGAAUGCCCGGGACAAAGGGUGAACCAGGGAAGCCUGGGCCUCCUGGUGAUGCAGGAUUGCAGGGCUUACCUGGUGUACCUGGGAUUCCUGGUGUAAAGGGUGUUGCUGGUGAAAAGGGUAACACAGGUGCUCCGGGGAAGCCUGGUAAACUGGGGAAUUCAGGCAAACAGGGCCCACAGGGGCUGCCAGGAGAGGUGGGACCCCGAGGGCCGCGGGGGCUUCCUGGCAGUAGAGGAGGAAUAGGACCAGUGGGACCCCCAGGACUACCAGGUAAACUGGGUUCUCCUGGCAGCCCUGGCCUCCCUGGCUUGCCUGGCCCCCCUGGCCUUCCUGGAAUGAAAGGUGACAGGGGAGUAGUCGGUGAGCCAGGUCCAAAGGGUGGACAGGGUUCGUCUGGUGAAGAAGGUGAAGCAGGAGAAAGGGGUGAACUUGGAGAGAUAGGAUUACCUGGGCCAAAGGGAUCUGUGGGUAACCCUGGGGAACCCGGCUUGAGGGGGCCCGAAGGAAGUCGGGGGCUUCCUGGCGUUGAAGGACCAAGAGGACCCCCUGGACCACGAGGCGUGCAGGGAGAGCAGGGUGCCACCGGCCUGCCUGGCAUCCAGGGCCUUCCAGGUAGAGCACCGACAGAUCAGCACAUUAAGCAGGUUUGCAUGAGAGUCAUGCAAGAGCAUCUUGCUGAGAUGGCUGCUAGUCUCAAGCGACCGGACUCAGGGGCGUCUGGCCUCCCUGGGAGGCCUGGACCCCCCGGUCCCCCGGGACCACCUGGAGAGAAUGGGUUCCCAGGCCAGAUGGGACUUCGUGGCCUCCCAGGCAUUAAAGGCCCCCCUGGUGCUCUUGGUUUGAGGGGGCCUAAAGGUGACUUGGGAGAAAGGGGGGAACGUGGCCCUCCUGGAAGAGGUCCUAAGGGCUUGCCUGGAGCUACAGGUCUCCCAGGUGAACCAGGUCCUGCCAGCUACGGGAGGAAUGGCCGGGAUGGCGAGCGAGGCCCCCCAGGGGUGGCAGGAAUUCCCGGGGUACCUGGUCCCCCGGGCCCUCCUGGCCCUCCUGGGUUUUGCGAGCCAGCCUCCUGCACCCUGCAGGCUGGGCAACGGGCAUUUAGCAAAGGGCCCGAUCAGUGA